GCACGGCUUCCCACAUCUUAUUGCAUCCUAUCUGACACUCAUUCAGAGGGAGCAUGACUUACUUUACGGGUAUUCGCAUUUGUUCGUCACCAUCCAGCUCUCUCUUUUGACAAGUCAUCUGUGUUCAGCCCAAGGUUCUGUCGAAAUUAGGAUAUAAAGCUCGGUGAUCAAGAUCACAUCAUUGUUCGCUACAGUUUCCACCAACUCCUCCCCUCCGCUCUUGUCAUCGCUCCUUCAACUCCAUCCGGCUCGCAUAUUCGGAUCAAGUCUAGCCAUGGCGCAAGUCAAGCCCUGGACCUACCGACUCCAAGAGUACUGCCAAGCUGAGAAGCUUGGGGAAAUCAUGUAUCAGGAUGUAUCUGAUCGUCGAGGCGGUCGUACAGCUUGGUCUACCAUUGCCGUGGUCAAUGGCAUACACUAUCAGGCUCGCUUUUGGUAUGAUGGAGCUCGAAUGCAACAGGCAAAAGAAGAUGCUGCCGAAAUUGCACUGCGCCAGAUUACAGGAUGUACCGACCCAAAAUCGCAGCCUCCAUCAGCAAGCCAGUACGGACGUGCACUUGCCGCCUGAGUCUUGUCCAGACAUUGAGUGCUUCCAUGCCUGCUAUCCAAACAGAAUUUCGCGUGGAGGCUGAGACUGGAAGGGGAGAAGACAGCACAAGGGCGCUAUUCCAUAGGUUCGGUGAUUCGACAUAUUCUUUCUUCAUUUUUCCAAAGAUAAGGAAACCUGCGUUGGAGUCUAGCAUACGACACGUAGAUUCAUUGGUUGUAGGGACGACGGCAGGCGUUACUUUACUCUCAUCUACUGGAUGUAGAAGGGACAAGGGCUAAGGGCAGGAAGCAACGCUGUCACUUCCACAACACGCUACCUAGACCCUGACCUACGCUAGUGCCUUCAAGUGCCAGAGAAUUCGAGCUCUUUCUCCACAACAUCCUUCCAUAAUCUCAUUCUUG